UGCCCAAAGCUGAAGGCAUUGGCUGUGAAUGACUCGUUGCAAGUCAUACACGAGUCUUGUGUUCACUUCGACACCGAUUUGCCUGAAUUCAGAACUCAUGGGGGAGUCAAUCAAAACACAGACCAACAGACAGUGACUGCGCCCCCCGUCAUGUGGAUCAAGGCCUUUGAUUUGGUGUUAGAGAGACUUAAGAUCAAUGGUAUUGAUUACAGUUCAGUGGCGGCCAUCUCGGGGUCGGGUCAACAGCACGGAAGUGUCUAUUGGAAGAGAGGGGCCAUCAAUACCCUCAAGAACCUCAAGUCUGAUAACUUUCUGCACAACCAAUUGUCUCAAUGCUUCUCAUGUCGUGAUUCCCCCAUUUGGAUGGACUCGAGUACAACACAAUACUGCAAACAAUUGGAGCAAUGGGUUGGCGGUCCCCAGAGAUUG